UUGAGGUUGAGGCAUCAUCAUGGGUUCUUCGGAGCGGAAACCCUGCGCCAACAACUGCGGUUUCUUCGGAACUUCCGAGAAGCUAAACCUCUGCUCCAAAUGCUACAAGGACCUCUGUCUCGAAGAGGAGCUUGCAUCAAUGAAGUCUGUGCUCUGCUCAGCAAAGCCACCCUCGCCGGCGGAGCCGUCGCAGGGCACGGAGGGUCCGUCGAAACCGGCGAACCGGUGUGGGACAUGCAACAAAAAAGUGGGUUUAACCGGUUUUGUGUGCAAGUGUGGGAGUACCUUCUGUGGGGUGCAUCGUUACCCGGAGAAACACAAGUGCACCUAUGAUUUUAAGGGUGAGGCCCGCGAAGCGAUUGCGAAGGCGAAUCCUGUUGUUAAGGGUGACAAAAUUGAUAGGUUUUAGG